AUGGCCACGAUGCCGCUGCAGCAGUCGGCGCCGAUGCCUGCCGUGUCCACGAUGCCGCUGCAGCCACCGGCCGUCCCCAUGAUGCCGGCGCCGUUCGCCGUCCCUGUACACGAAGUCUGGGCCGACAACUUCCACGACGUGGAGGCCGCCAUCGGCUACUUCGCGGCGCACGCACGCUGCGUCGCGGUGGACGUGCACUACCCCGGCGUCGUCCACGGCGCCGCCGACCACCACCACCUCCACGACCUCGUCGCGCUCACCGCGGAGCAGCGGUACGCCACGGUGAAGGCAAACGUGGACGCCCUCAAGCCGCUACAGCUCGGGCUCGCCGUCGUCACCGACGACGGGAUGGUCGCGGCGUGGGAGUUCAACCUGUCCGACUUCGACCCGGCCGUCGACCCCCACGCCGCGAGCUCUGUCUCGUACCUCAGAGGGCGCGGCCUCAGGUGCGACGACCUCCGCCUGCGCGGCAUCCCCGUGGCGAAGCUCACCAGGGCGCUCCGUCUGAUAAGCCGGCCAGGGGUGUCGUGGGUCACACACACCGGAGCGUACCACGUCGCGUACCUGAUGAAGGUCGUCAGCGGCGGCAACAAACUUGCCGGUGAUGUAGCCGGAUUCAUGGCGGCCGUGCGGCGGUCCCUUGGCGAGGACGUCUACGAUGUGGCCACGAUGGCCUCGGACUGCCGAGACAUGCCGGUGGGGCUGGAAGGCAUCGCAAGCAGGCUCGGAGUGGCGCCGCCGCUGUCGAUGCACCCGCUCGCUGGCGCCGGCAGCGUGCUCGCGCUUGGAGCCUUCAUGAAACUACGGUUUCACGUGUUCCGAGGUAACGUUGCCAGAUACAGAGGCGUUCUCCAAGGGCUGCAGGCUGCCUAA